CAUAGGAUAAUGGACAAUAUUAUCCUUUUCACAUACGUAGCCCUUUUUUUAGCAACAUACUUCACCUAUAAGCAUGUUAUCCUACCUUCUAAGCAUAAGAACAUGCUACCACCAAGCCCCUUUCUUUCCUUCCCCAUCAUUGGCCAUCUCUACCUCUUUAAGAAGCCCCUCCAUCGCUCCCUAGCUCGUGUCGCCGCCCGACACGGUCCAAUCCUUUAUUUGAGGUUUGGAUCUCGAUCUGUCGUUCUAUUGUCCUCCCCUUCCAUAGUGGAAGAAUGCCUAGUCCUGAACAAUGUUUUCAUGAACCGACCUAGACUACUCCCUGGAAAGUACAAUGGGAAUAACUUUACAUCUAUAGCGUGGGCCCCAUAUGGGGCCCACUGGAAAAACCUACGUAGGAUUGCAGCCGCUGAGAUCCUAUCCCCUCAGCGGCUGCAGAUCCUAUCGAAGGUUCGGGCUAAUGUAGCCCGAUCCUUCGUACGUAGGAUGAUGAAGUUACAAAGUAGUAGUGAAAAUGGUGUGGUGGAGAUGAAGUCCGUUGUUUUUGGACUCACCUUAGACAACAUGAUGAAAAUGGUAAUUGGUAAGAGUAACUAUGAUGAGGGAUGUGAUGAAGGGACAGAAUUUUGUACAAGGUUUGAAGAGCUUGUAGGACAAAGUUUUAGUAGGAGUGGUGUAUCAAAUUUAGAAGAUUUUUUACCUUUUUUGAAGUGGUUUAGGGUAUUAUUGGGGUCAAACGAGGAGAUAUUGAAUAAGACUAAGGAAGAAAAAGAUGAGAUUAUGAAAGCAUUACUUAAAGAGCAUAGGGAUAUGGAGAAGGAAGGAAGUUUGUCGGAGGAUAGAAAGAAAUCAAUGUUGCAUGUUUUGUUGUCCUUGCAAAAAGAAGAUCCUCACUAUUAUACUGAUGAGUUAAUCAGAUACCUUAUAUUGGCUCUCUUCCAAGGUGGAACAGAUACUUCAUCAGCAACUUUAACAUGGGCAAUGUCUCUUCUUCUUAAUAACCCUGAAAUCCUUACGAAGGCGCGAGAUGAGAUUGAUAUAAACGUGAGCCAUGAACGUUUUGUAGAAGAAUCUGAUAAAACGAACCUUCCUUAUAUUCAGUGUAUAGUAAAUGAGACGUUACGAAUGUAUCCUACUGGUCCAUUAGGACUGCCUCGUGAAUCCAUAGAUGAUUGCCAAGUACAAGAGUACCAUAUACCAAAAGGGUCGAUGCUGGUGUAUAACAUAUGGGCUAUACACAAUGAUCCCAAGAAUUGGGAGGAACCAAGAAAAUUUAAGCCAGAGAGAUUUUUGGGUGUUGAGGGAAACAGACUAGGAUAUAAAUUCUUGCCUUUUGGCACUGGUAGGAGAGUUUGCCCUGGGGAACAUUUGGCUGGUAAAGUAGUUUGGUUAGCUAUGGCAAUAUUGAUUCAAUGUUUCGAAUGGGAGCGCGUUGGUGAGGAAUUGGUGGACAUGAAGGAAGCAGGGGGUGUUUCCUUGACCAAGCUUGAGCCUCUGCAAGUUAAGUGUCGCCCUCGUCUAUGCAUGAUGAAUCUCUUAUCUCAACUCUAA